GUCAAGUCAAUUUCGUAAUUUCUUUCUCCACCGCCUACUAACGAAAUGACAGAACUCAUAUCCGCCGUGAAAGAUCGCAAUUGGGACCUGGUUGAAGACCUUCUCGAAGAAGGCAAAGAAGUGAACGAACGAGACAGUUCCGGCCGAACUCCUCUCUAUUUUGCAGCCCAGAAGGGUCUCGUCGACAUCACGCGCAGCCUCCUCAACUACGGCGCCAGCACCAACCUACAAACGCACUGGGGCUCGACUCCCCUCCAUGUGGCGGCCGACAAAGGAUUUGACGAGAUGCUGAGAGUUCUGGCGACGACGAGGGUGACGACAACGAAUUUGGACUUGCAGAAUAAAAAUGGGGACACAGCGUUGCAUUUGGCUGCGUAUCGAGGCAAGAUUGGCGCCGUGAACGUUUUGGUUGAGGAAGGCGCGAGCGUUUUGUUGGCAAAUCAGGACGGGAGGACGCCGCUGGCCGACGCCGAGGUGAAUGGGCACGAGGAGGUCGUUGCGUGUUUGAGACGCGCGGCUGAGGCGCAGACUAGACAAGCUGAACGGAUGAUGGCAGCUCAACCAAUAGCCCAACAACAUUGGGAAGUCAGGGAUAGGCUAUGGCAACAAGGCCAUGGACCUCCAUACAUCGAACCCUUUCAACAUCCUACCUCAAAUCAGUGGACACGCCCACACAUGACCCCUCUUCCCCAACCUCAAAUGUAUCGACAUCUCGUCUCUCAGCCGGUAGUCCAGCAAUCACAUCCCGUCUACCAUCGGCCUCUUGCAUGGCAACAAGCUGCUGUUGCUCAGCAAAUGCAGACGGAUCACCUACAAUUUGUGAACGAACCUCGUCCAUUCAACUGCCCACCUCAGCACCCACCGAUUCGUCACCAGAGAUUACCCACUUUGCCUGUGAUUUCAAACGAUCCUCGCAUGUAUAACCAGCCACAUGUUGUACAAGGGAAUCCGUUGGUACGUCCACUGGCCACUCACGUUCUGCAAGAUUCGUCAUGCGAACAGCCCACUCUACGUCCACCCCGACAGUGCACACAACUGGAAGGAGCUCAAACGGCUUCUAUGGCAGGAAGUGAGUUAUCACAAUAUUUCGAGGCAUCGACCAAUAGCAGCCCAGCAAACAGUUUGAUUGAAAAGGGUGAUGUCGAAGCGAAUACGGACGGACAAGGUCAACAGAAGGAGAGAGUAUAUGUAGACGUUGGACGGCAGCAGUCAGUGCAUGAGCACGAGCAGUUGGAGUACAAGAACAUGAUGCUGAACGAGGUGAUUGUAGCUCAAACGGAAAGAAUGUCGGACAUUGACAAACUGGAGGACAAAAACAAGGCGCUAAUGGACGAGCUAAUGAAAGCGAGGGAAGAGAAUGAGGCGCUGAUGACAAGAUGCAAUGAUUUGGUACGAGAAGCUGCUGCUCUUCGAGAAACCGUUGCUCGUCAGGAAACACCAACCGAUGCAUCCGAACCACCUGAUGCGUCUGAACGUACCGAGACGCUUCAACGGUGUAGACCGACGUCAGCUUCGUGUAUUAAUAUUAACGGGGAGCGGCUGAGUGCGGUCGCAUCCGCUGUGAUUCAUGCCGACGGUUCGCUUCCGCCUCGGUUAGAAGAAAGACUGAUCCGGUUGAUAUUAACUGACAUAUCGGAGUGUACGGGUAUUAACUAUGUGAGCAAUCCGGACAUGUCGCAGUGUGGGAUGGGGUACAUGCCAGCCGUGAAGGGAGACAAGUUGUGUGUUGAGGGGCUGGAGUGGAUUUACAACGUCGACUAUUGGUUGAGAGAGGACGAGCCGCUCAAUCGGCCGAAGGACGGGACGAGAGAGGGCGCGUGUUCUCUGGUAUUUCGAAUAGAACACAAACGAUACGGACCACUCAUACUGAAGGUAAUGAUUAAUCUCAUCAACAUGUGCAGUGCAGGUCACGGCUCUGGUCAGAGUAUGACUACGUUUCUUGCGGGUCAGUUCGGGGCAGAGCACGACGUGCCCCUCCAGCUGCCCAAACAUCCCAACAUCGCCGAGAUCCUCCAUCACUUUCACGGCUCGACGCGACCGUUCAAUCAGUUCUUGAGGUACAUGAUUCCUCCACAGUUUGACGUGCAUCUCGAACAAGCGAGCAAAACCACUUUCAUGGUGAUGAGAGAGUACGUCUGCACUCUUAGAUCGUUUGUAGCUCAAAAAAAGGAAGCCAACCCCACGCCUCCAUACGGUCUCGAACAGGAUUAUAUUCUGUGUUUACUGAUCCAGUUAGGGUCUGCAAUCAAUCAUCUCUUACAGUACGGCGUUUGUCAUCGUGAUAUGAAGGCCGACAAUGUGUUUUUGGAUGUCGGCCAGUGGAAGGUCGUUUUAGCUGAUUUUGGGCAUGCACGGAGUCUGUAUCGUGGGGGUGAGCUCACAACGAGAAAGCCCAUACAGUUUGUGGAGUCUGGUCAAAUGAUGGCUGGAAAUUCGAAUGCAUGGGCACCCGAGAUCGUCAAGAGUUAUAAGGACGGUCCUCCUGUUGAUCACGACGUGUUCUUAUCAGACAUAUAUGCGAAGACUGACGUGUAUGGACUGGGUAGGAUGGUGUAUCAGAUGCUGUGUCGACGGGAGGACGAGUUCCCGAUGGGAUCGGUUCCUUACACAAUCGCUAGCCUCCCCCCUCUGCCGGAUGUGUUCUCGCCGAGUUUACGAAGGAUGUUGGAAGGGAUGGUCGCUUACGAUUCGAGCGAACGUCUGUCUGCUCGAGAUGCCGAGGUCUCAUCUGGGCUGUUGCUGUUUGGCCCUCAGAGUUGGGCAUUGACGACCGAACAGGCGUACGGUCAGUGGCGUUCUGAGCAGAUUUUUAAGUGCUCGUUGGAAUCGAGUUCGAACAGAGAAGACGGAAAAGACAGACUGAUGAAGGAGUUACUGAGUCGGCUGUUGUAUACGACUUCAGCGCAUGACAUUUGUAGGUAUGCCAAUCGACUAAAGCAAUACUAACUCUCGGACAUUACAUCGUUAGUAACACAAUGUAUUUGAUAAGUAGCUUAACAAUGUCACGUGACAUACACAAGCAUGAUGUCACACAUUGUAUUUUGACUCUAUUUUGAUGCAAUAUGAUACAGCACUUUGUUCUUUUUA